AUGGGUAUGACCAAGAUUCUCAAAUUGUCAACCCUCUUCAUGGCAUUCUUGCUACUCAAUCCCAAGAUGGAGUGCGUGCCAACUCGCCCGCUCUGCCUCUCGCAAAUUUCGCUCGUCAACCAUGCUUGUUCAUUGCUGCCAUUCCACCCUGCAGGCCCCCCACCCUCCCCGCCUGACGACGCGGCUGAACACGGACACGGACACGGACAUGUGCACCAACAUGGACAUGGACAUGAACAAGGACAAGGACACGGGCAUGGACAUGGACACAGACACAGACAUGGACACAGGCACGAACACCAUGAGACACCCGUAGAAGAGGAGUGUUGCCAUUGGUUGAAUGCCAUGGACGACGAGUGUGUCUGUGACCUACUGGUUCACUUGCCCCCGUUCCUUGCCAGGCCCGCACACCAGUACUCCAUUAUGGUUGAUGAUUCGUGCACCGUCACAUUUCAAUGCGGAGGGCGCAUAAGGAUCUAA